UCACUCCUUACUGUCACUUUGCAAAACAUUUCUCUGCAACUCUUGGGCGCCUCCCAUGGCGAUCUCCAAACUCCUCUUUCUCCUUCUUCUUUUCCUUCCUUUUCUUUCUGCUGAUGUUGUUCCCUCUGACAUUUACCUUCUCAGCUGCGGAUCAUCCUCCAAUUCCUCCUUCUUUAAUCGCGUUUUCGUUGGCGAUUCAUUAAAACCCGCCCCCGGCUUUCUCGUCGCCGGCCGAUCGGUGGCGGUUUCCAACCGGAAUCCACCUCCGGAUUCUACCUCUUUGUAUCACACUGCCAGAGUUUUCACCAGGGCCUCAAGCUACAAAUUCAACCUCAAGAAGAACGGUACUCACUUGCUACGGUUCCAUCUUUCGCCAUUUUCGGCGCUGGAAUUCGAUUUACAUUCUGCAAAUUUCACUAUCUCGGCCAACGGAUUGUUGCUUUCUAAUAUUUCUCACGUUAACGAUUCUGUAAUUAAAGAGUUCAUCGUGAGAAUUGACGCCAACGUGCUUGAAAUCGAGUUCGAACCGGUUUCGGGUUUGGGUUUUGGAUUCGUGAAUGCAAUCGAGGUAUUUUCAGCCCCUAAAGAACUCAUCACCGAUAAUGGAGCUAAGCUUGUGGAUUCUAAUGGAGUUCGAGAAUAUUACAAACUCACAUCGCAAGUCUUGGAAACCAAAUACAGAAUUAACGUUGGGGGUUCCAAAUUGACCCCGCUUAACGACAGUCUUUGGAGAACUUGGGUGCCCGAUGAGCCUUAUCUGGUUAUAAAGUCGGCGGCAAAGCUUGCCUCAACUUUUCAGGCUCCGUACUAUCAGGCCAGCGGCGCCACUCGGGAGGAUGCGCCGGACAUUGUUUACAUGACGGCGCAACAGAUGAACAAGGAUAUCACAGUUUUGGGUGCGAAAUUUAACCUCACCUGGAAGUUUCCAUUGGAUUCUAAUGGCAUGAAGUACUUGGUUCGCUUGCAUUUCUGUGAUAUUGUUAGCUUUGCUCUUAAUCAGUUGUAUUUCAAUGUGUAUAUCAAUGGCUAUCCUGCAUAUAGGGACCUGGAUUUGUCAUCUCUUUCCUCUCGGCUAUUAACUCCUUUUUAUUUUGAUUUCAUUGUGGAUUCUGAUGGUUCUGGAAAUAUUCAAAUAAGUGUUGGACCGUCUGAUCUGAGCAGUUCUUUGGGAUAUAAUGCGAUCUUAAAUGGAGCAGAGAUCAUGGAGAUGGUGAGACCUAGGGGUAUGUUUUCAGAAACUGAGAAGAAAAAGAGAAAUUCAUGGGUCAUUGUAGGUCCUAUUGUUGGUGGAUUCGUUGGUUUAUGUCUGGUUUUUGCUGCAAUUCUUGCUUUGGUAUGCAAGAGGAGAAAGAAACCGACGCCGAGGCGGGCGGAGAGUGCAGGCUGGACUUCGGUUCAGGCAUAUGCAGGUGGCAGUUCUGAUAGUAAAUUAUCAAGGGGAUCAACUCUUGCAUCUUUUGGGCCAAAUGGAUACCACAACUUGAAGAUCCCCUUCACUGAAAUUCAGUCAGCAACAAACGAUUUCGACGAGAGUUUGAUCAUUGGUUCGGGCGGAUUUGGUAUGGUUUACAAAGGGGUUCUUAGGGACAAUAUAAAUGUUGCUGUGAAGAGAGGUGUGCCAGGAUCACGGCAGGGCCUUCCUGAAUUCCACACUGAGAUAGCUAUCUUGUCCAAGAUUCGACAUCACCAUCUUGUUUCACUUGUUGGAUACUGCGAAGAACAGUCAGAAAUGAUACUGGUUUAUGAAUAUAUAGAGAAAGGUCCAUUGAAAAAGCAAUUGUAUGGCUCGGUCGUGUCUCCUUUGUCGUGGAAGCAACGACUCGAAAUCUGCAUUGGUGCAGCCAGAGGUCUUCACUACCUCCACACUGGUUUUGCACAGGGCAUCAUCCACCGCGAUAUCAAGUCGACCAACAUUUUACUGGAUGAGAGCUUUGUUGCUAAAGUUGCCGAUUUUGGUCUUUCAAGAUCGGGGCCUCGUCUCGACGAGACACACGUUAGUACGGGAGUAAAAGGUAGCUUUGGCUAUCUUGAUCCAGAGUAUUUUCGAAGACAACAACUCACUGAUAAGUCGGAUGUGUAUUCAUUUGGAGUAGUGCUCUAUGAAGUUCUUUGUGCUAGGCCUGCUGUUGAUCCAUUGCUUGAUAGGGAACAAGUAAAUCUCGCCGAAUGGGCAUUGCAUUGGCAACGGAAAGGAAUGCUCGAAAAGAUCAUCGAUCCACAUUUGGUCGGGAAAAUCAAUCCGAGUUCGUUAAAGAAAUAUGGAGAAACAGCAGAAAAAUGUUUGGCUGACUAUGGAAUUGACAGACCAACAAUGGGAGAUGUCUUAUGGAACUUGGAAUAUGUUCUUCAACUACAAAUCGAGCUACCGAUCGAGCCAUCAGAACCCGUAGAUGUCAAUGAAUCCAACUUUCCGACGUCCACUGCAACUCAUCCAAGCGACUUGAGGAGACAUUCAGAUGAAGGUUAGUUUGACAAGAUUUGAAUCAGGUCAGGAGCGACCUUGACGUUACCUUCCCCCCACCUCGACGUUUUCUGGUUCAAGUCUAAAUGUGCAUCUCACGAUGGUUGGGGCUGCUUGGUAAGCCGUGGCUGGACCCAUAUCAAACACUAUGGGUCACCUUCUUCUCAUAUGACUUCAUUGAGCCUUAGUACUAUGUUGUUUGGUGUUAUGGUGAUUUUGAGCCACCUUACGUGGUCUUACUUGGGCUAAGACUUUGGACGUUCUAUCCUGGUUCUUGACUUGGGUUAUGAAUUACACCUUAUAAGUUCUUUUUGUCUUACAUACAAUGGUGAGCAGUCCAAACUUCUCUUCGGAUUAUAGAUGGAGUGAUUUAGGCGUUAGAAACUUC